AUGAUAUCAGAUGCAACUAUGGAUACUCCAACAACACUGAAACAUCGACAUCGACACAAAUUUAAUAAAAUGCUUGGGAAGUACACAAGGAUGAAGAAACCAGGACUGGAAAGAACUAGCAAACAUAAUUCAACCGUAACAAAUUCGAUCAUCGAUUCUACAUCUAAUUUCUAUGUUACGUAUCAAGUAACAAAUGCUACUAACAAUAUUGGUUCCUCAGUUCGAGCUAAUAUUUCAAAUAUCGCAUUUAUCAAUGAAACUACCAAAAUAUCAUUCAUAUGGAAUAUUUUUGCUCCACGUGCUUCUGAUAUUUUUAUGGCAACAACACCAGCGACAACAAAAACUACAACAGCAACAACAACAUCAACAGUACUAUCAACAACAAGAACGCCGAGAACAACAACACUAGCAACAACGCUAACAACAACAACAACAACAGCAACAGUACCAAUGGCAACAGCGACAACAACAGAGCAACAGAAAAUAAUAUCGCCUAUUGUUCCAAAAAUCUUAAAAGAUGUACAAAUAAAACAACAAACUGAAGCAAUGCAAUUUUUGUCAUCAUCGCCAUCUAUCGAAACCACCAUCAAUCCCCGAUUCACUGUUUCACAAACUACACUAAAAAUGUAUCCAGAAGAUCAUAUUCAAGAAAUAUUGGAUCCAUUAAAAGUAGCUAAAACUUUCCAACAUACUACAACUACAAUAACAAGGGUCAGAAGAUCAAAUUUUACUUUAGUAACAGCUUUAUUGGAUAUUGGAAGAGGUGAUUGGUGGGAAUAUCGUCGUCCAUUGGAAAGUUAUUAUAAUUUCCUGGAAAAUUUGCUAAAGUUAAAAGUUAAUUUAGUCAUUUUUGUUGAUUUGAAAAGUGUAAGGCAUGUUUAUACUCAAAGGAAAUUAUAUCGAUUGGAACAUAUUACUAAGAUAAUUCCAAUAACUUUGGCUGAACUUCCCCUUUAUCGAUACGUGAAAGCGGCAAUGAAAGUAAUAGCAGAUGAACAGAACGAUAAACGUUGGGAUCAACAAUGGGAUCGUUCGAUGAGUUCACAUCCGGAAGCAAAAAGUGCCAAAUACGAUAUAUUAGUGAACUCUAAAUCAUACUUCUUGUACAACGCUUCGAAAAGUAAUCCAUUCAAAAGUGAAUUUUUUGCAUGGUUAGAUGCAGGUUAUGCGCAUGGCAAUCAAUCCAUAUUUCCGCCAUCAUUUCAUUGGAAUCCUACUUUUGUACGACGGAAAAUUUCCCUCAUUAAGGUGACACCAUCGUAUGAUAAUAUAUCUCGAUAUACGCUUGCCGAUUUAUAUCGUAAAAAUUGGGCUGUGAUAAGCGGUGGCUUUCUUGGUGGUGAUAUCUAUUCAUUAAAUCGCUUCCAUCAAUUAUGUCAUCAAAUGGUCGUUAAUCUAAUUUACAGAAAAUACGUCGAUGAUGAUCAGACAACUCUCGUAUUGCUCAUCCAACAAUAUCCAUCACUAUUUAAUGUGAUACAUGGAGAUUGGUUCGAUGCAUUUUAUUUAUUUCCCUAA